AUGGGGCUCUGGAGCUCCCGAAAGCCCGACGAUGAGGUUGACAAUGAGGAUGCCGAAUCCUCGUAUAGGCCCGGUCAAAGAGAUCCUGACGAGAGGACCAGUUUGUUACCUCCUGCUACGGACGACCACCACCUCGAUCCAGAUGAUCCAGCUGUCACACCAUACAAUCUUUUGUCCGUGAGAUCGAUGAGAUGGGUUUCUAUCAUUCUCCUAGCGAUCUCCUCCCUGUGGUGGAUUCUUCUGCUGAUAUCCACCUUUGUGACUCCGCCGGCAAUGCACUCGCGGGGAAGUGGCUUCUUUAGCUUCGCCUAUGCGACACUUGCUACUGGAGGCUUAGUGGUUCUUCUCAUAUCUUACGUUACGCCCUCCAGAUCAGAGCAAUACUCUUGGAUUGCUCUUUCUAUCCUGUUCUUGGUCGACACGAUCAUUGUUUUGUCGGUAUCACGUAUCCGUGGGGAAGAGGGAUGGGUGGGAAUUGUGUCUGUCAUAGGGGCAUGUCUGGUCAGUGCCUGGGCUGUACUUUGUGACCGCGUUGUCGAGUACGGAAAGGUUGAAGAGGAGGAGCGUUUGACGGGGCGUAGGGAAACAAGGAGGUCAUUGAAAGAAUGGCUUUCUGUUUUCGCCGUCACCAUAACCCUCAUCGCCUUUAUCGCACUGGCUGUCCUGUUCACCGGAAAUCUGAUUAUUCGUGCUCGCGACUUGUCUCUUGCACCCCCCGGAACGAGAUAUUUUGUGGAUAGCCAGAAGUAUGAGGUUCACAUAUUUUGUCUUGGGGAUGAAACAGAUAGCCGGGGAAAGAAAGUAACUACCGUCUUGUUGGAGGGAGGGGAGGAUCCAGUUGAAUAUGGACUCGAGGGCUGGGUAAGGGAUGCGCUUGGAAACAAGACGAUCAAUCGUUAUUGCUUUUGGGAUAGACCUGGCAUGGGUUUUAGCGAAAAUGCUCCCAGUCCUCUAUCAGCGGGUAUGGCUGUGGAUGCUCUGUCCGAGGCACUUUUGAGGGCCGAUGAAACCGGGCCCUGGGUCUUGGUUUCCCAUGGUGCUGGGGGCAUAUAUUCUCGCAUCUUUGCCUCCCGCCACAGCACGGAGGUUAAGAGCUUGCUCCUAAUUGAUGCUCUUCCCGAGUCUCAGCUUGACCGUAUAGGGUCUGCUGGUCGAGGCUUCGUUCUGUGGUUACGUGGAAUCCUAAGCCCCCUCGGGAUUGAUCGUUUGAUGGGAGCGAUUUUCAGAGGACGUUCACGCAAUGAUCGUGUGAUCGGCCGGUCUGCCCAUCAAAAUCCCAAACAGAUCAAAGCAAAACUUCAGGAAAACCUUGUGGCGACAACCUUUACGAAGAACGAGAUAAUUGCUGCACGCGCUAUUCUACCCAGAGAUAUCCCCGUUGUGGUCACCAGCUCCGGGAAAGCUGUAAAGGCGGACAAAAGAUGGGAUGAUGGUCAGAGGGAGUUGACCAAACUGACGGACAAUUUAGUAGCCUGGGAUGUUGUGGACCAUUCACCGCACGAAGUUUGGAACGACCCUCAAGGGCGCGCGCUUUUGGAGAAGAGAAUAGGCGAGUUGGUGCGCCAGAAGCAAUAA